AAGCUGCGACCGCGCGCGCGCGAGUUUCUCCGCGCCGCGUCCGCGAUGUGCCAACUGUACGUGUACACGAUGGGAGACAAAAACUACGCGCGAGAGAUGGCGAAGAUCCUGGACCCGACCGGCGAGCUGUUCAACGGGCGCGUCAUCGCGAACAGCGACUCGACGUGCUCGAGGACGAAAGACCUGGACAUCGUGUUGGGCGCCGAGGGCAGCGUCCUGAUCGUCGACGACACCGACCGCGUCUGGCCGCACAACCUCGCGAACUUGAUCCGAAUCGAUCGGUAUCACUUCUUCCCGCAGAGCGCCGCGGGGUUCCGACAGCCCGGGCGGAGCGUCCUCGAGCGCGCGUGGAAGGACGAAGGCGCGAACGGCGACAGGGAGCAGCUGAGGGACGUCCUGAGGGUGAUC